AUGGUCCCAUUUCAGAAUACUAUGGAAAUGGAGGAGCCGAUAAGUUGUUUGACGUCUCCAGAGCAACGACUUUUGGAGGAGAGGUUCUACAUAAACGGAGUAUUCGGUACAGUAAUCGCAAUAUUUGGAGUGAUAGCCAAUGGAUUUCUGGCCACCCUAUUUUUGACUCGUUCAAUUUAUCGAAACUCUCCGUUCUUCUUUCUGGGAUUUGUCGCUCUAUUCGACACACUGGUUGAUGCCACAUUUCUACUUUUACUCCCACUGGAAGUCAGUUCUGUGUACUACGAGGAGAGUGUGGCCUAUCAAAUUUGGCUGAAAUAUGUCCGCCACGUCUAUCUGUUCGCUCAAAUUGUCAAGAUCUCAUCGGUAUUCUCCUUGAUAAUGGCUAGUAUUGAAAGGUACUGUAUGACAAAGCAUUGGACAUUCGUUGGAUUUGAAAUGCGUACCCGUUGGAUGGUCCUUUUCUUUCUUGUCUGUGCAGCAGUUUUCAUUAAGUAUAUGUCAGAAGAAGCCGUCGUUGUAACCAGAGAAAACUGUUUUGGGUUUCGAAGAUGGGCGGUGAAGAUUCAGCGAGGAGAGCUUGGUCAUAUGGGAUGGUUGCACUCGCUAGCGAUUUUUCUCCCAUUUUUCACGCUGAUUUUUCUCAAUGGAGGAAUCGUUCGGAUGCUUCGGAAACAAAAUGUGCAACAAUUGAGGUCCUUGAUCGCUGAGCUGACUUUGGGGCAUGAUUUAUCGAAAAUUCGAAGGAAGAAUUUGAGAAGUGCGACACGGACACUUAUCGUUAUCAUUUCGGCAUACCUCAUAUCAAAUUUGUUGAGCUUGAUUUUGAUUAUCACUGAUUACUUUAAUCCAGAUUAUCUCCAUGUCCACCAUCCGGAUCUCAAUCGAUUGGCGACCGAUUCUGCCGCAUUACUUACAGUAGUAGGAAAUGCGAUUCGAUGCCCCGCCCACAUUUGUAGUAAUUCGGAAAUUCGAACACAGUUUCGAAUUAUGUUAUGUGGGGAGAGGGAAAAGAAGUGUCUAAAUUUUUCUUUUAUCUGCAAAAAUCUGAAAAAAAAACACUCUGAAAAUCAAGAAAAGUUAUUUUUCCAGGAAGUAAAACAAUUAACCGAACGCCGCCGGACCCAAGAAAAGCUGGAUAACCCAUGGAUGGCUCUGAUGUGGGUGUCGGCUAAUAAUCAGUCGUCGGACGACGAUCGAGCAGCGUUCAUGCCACGUGCCUUCAUGAAGAGGCACUCGGCAAUUGCUAUUGUAUAA